AUCUACAAUCAGUCUUCACCCACUACAACCAGUGCCACAAGAUGUAUAAUGUGGCAUCAUAUACUGUAGCAAAUGGUUUGCAACAAUAUAAGUACUCUGUUUCCCUGUUAUUACUAAAUUCUCAGUGAUGGAAAUAAAAUAAAAAUUCCAUACAUGUUGUAAGAGAAAUUAAAUGUGUAAGAAAACAACUACAUAUAAACCUGUUAGUUCAACUUCAAGUCCAGCCUUCCACAAGAGUUGUCUACUUUUGGUAUUGAUUUUGAGUCCAUACCCCACACGAUGCCAAGAGAUGGAGAACACAGGAGUGGGUGGUCGAAUGGUAGUGGACAACAAGGAUCCAGAGAAGGUGCCACUAAAGAACAUCCGCAACUUCAGUAUCAUCGCCCACGUUGACCACGGCAAGAGUACACUCGCAGACAGGCUCCUGGAGAUCACAGGGACCCUCACAUCGGACCCCUCCAACAAGCAGGUCCUUGACAGGCUGCAGGUAGAGAGAGAAAGAGGUAUUACUGUGAAGGCCCAGACAGCCUCACUGUUCUACCAUUACAAGGGAGAAGAGUAUCUGCUCAACCUCAUUGACACGCCUGGUCACGUCGACUUCUCCAAUGAGGUUUCCAGGUCCCUGGCGGCAUGUCAAGGCGUGUUGCUUCUGGUGGAUGCCAACCAAGGGGUGGAGGCUCAAACCAUGGCCAACUUCUACCUGGCAUUCUACCAAGAUCUAGUCAUCAUUCCGGUCCUCAACAAGAUAGAUGUGAAAAAUGUUGAUGUGGAGUCCGCCUCGGAGCAGUUGGCUAAGCUGUUCUCCUUCAGUCCUUCAGAGAUCUUGAAGAUCUCUGCAAAGGAAGGCACCGGUGUGGAGGCAGUACUGCAGGCUGUGAUAGAUCGAGUGCCAGCGCCAGAAGGGGACGAAACAGCACCCCUCAGAGCCCUUAUCUUUGACAGCUGGUAUGACCGAUACCGUGGCCCUGUAGCUCUAGUGUACGUGAGGGACGGCCGGCUGGGAACGGGCGACCUUAUCACCUCUGCCCACAGCAACCGCACUUACACAGUCAAAAGUCUAGGGAUAUUGCGACCACAUGAGCAGCCCACCAGGCAGUUGUUGAAAGGUCAGGUGGGGUAUUUGGUGUGCAACAUGAAGUCAGUAUCAGAGGCUCUGAUCGGUGAUACUCUCUAUUUGCGAGGACAGCCGACCCAACCUCUCCCAGGGUUCAAGCCUGCCCGACCCAUGGUGUACGCGGGAGUCUAUCCUCUGGACCAGUCCCAGCACGAUGCGCUGCGCGGUGCUCUCGAAAAACUUGCUCUCAACGAUCCCUCGGUCACUGUCACAUUGGAGUCCAGCCCAGCUCUAGGCCAAGGAUGGAGGGUGGGAUUCCUGGGCCUGUUACACCUGGAGGUCUUUAACCAGAGACUAGAGCAGGAAUAUGGUGCCGAGGCCUUGAUGACUGCUCCCAGUGUGCCUUACAGGGUGACAAUAAAAGGGAAAAAGAACAUCGCAAAGUAUAAGACCUCAGAAUUGAUCAUCUCGGAUCCAUCUAAGCUGCCAGACAUCAAUAUCAUCAACAACAUCAGUGAGCCUAUCGUCACAGGCAAGAUCAUCACACCUUAUAAGUACAUGAACAGCAUAAUGAUGUUGUGUGGGGAGCGACGAGGGUUGCUCAACAAGACAGAAAACCUCGACGAGUCUCGAGUGACGCUCACGUACCAACUUCCACUCAACGAGAUCAUCGUAGACUUCCAUGACAAAGUCAAGAGUCUGUCAUCAGGCUUCGCCAGCUUCGACUACGAGGACUGUGGCUACCAAGUGUCCAAAUUGGUCAAGUUGGACAUCCUGCUGAAUGGAGAAGUGGUGGAUGCUCUGUGCUCAAUAGUCCACGAGUCCAAGGCCUAUUCCGCCGGCAAACACAUGUGCACCAAGCUGUCUCAACUCAUCCCCCGUCAGAUGGUUAUGGUUGCCAUACAAGCUGCUGUGGGAGCUAAGAUUGUUGCCAGAGAAACAAUAAACCCUUUUAGGAAGGAUGUUAUUGCCAAAUUGUAUGGAGGAGAUGUAAGCAGAAAGAAGAAGCUUCUGGCAAAACAAGCGGAAGGAAAGAAGAAGAUGAAAGCCAUCGCCAAAGUUAACAUUCCAAGAGACACUUUUCUUAAAGUUUUAAAACAGUGAUUUGCUUGUUAUAUUGUUUGUAAUUUUAGUUCCUUCGAGGAGUAAUCCAGGCAGAUUUAUGAUCUUUUACAAAAAGUAUUGUACAUAAAUUAUAAUAAACAAACAUUUGAAUUGUUAAA